AUGGCUGGAUGCCAAUGUGAGACGGCUGGAUGCCGGUGUGAGAUGGCUGGAUGCCAAUGUGAGAUGGCUGGAUGCCAAUGUGAGAUGGCUGGAUGCCAAUGUGAGAUGGCUGGAUGCCAAUGUGAGAUGGCUGGAUGCCAAUGUGAGAUGGCUGGAUGCCAAUGUGAGAUGGCUGGAUGCCAAUGUGAGAUGGCUGGAUGCCAAUGUGAGAUGGCUGGAUGCCAAUGUGAGAUGGCUGGAUGCCAAUGUGAGAUGGCUGGAUGCCAAUGUGAGAUGGCUGGAUGCCAAUGUGAGAUGGCUGGAUGCCAAUGUGAGAUGGCUGGAUGCCAAUGUGAGAUGGCUGGAUGCCAAUGUGAGAUGGCUGGAUGCCAAUGUGAGAUGGCUGGAUGCCAAUGUGAGAUGGCUGGAUGCCAAUGUGAGAUGGCUGGAUGCCAAUGUGAGAUGGCUGGAUGCCAAUGUGAGAUGGCUGGAUGCCACCGGGGGAAGGCUGGAUGCCAUAAUGACACAAUUCCACAAUGA